AUGGUGAGCGUGGGCUCUUAUGGUAAAGAAAAUGACGCAGGCGUUUUUGAUGAAUGCCCCUUUAGGGAAGCUAUAGAAACGGGAAAACUAAAAGUACCUAAGGAAGAAUUAUUGCCGGGCUCCAGUAUCAAGACACCUUAUCUUCUCAUAGGAGAUGCAACAUUUCCUCUUAAGAAUUAUUUAAUGAGACCAUUUCCGGAAAAAACAACAACUAAAGGCGAUGCUAAAGAUAAUUUCAACUAUCGGUUAUCUCGAGCAAGAAUGGUGGUAGAAUGUUCAUUUGGUUCUAUAAGCUCUAAAUUCAGAAUUCUGCAAAAAUCUAUCGAAACCAAUGUAGAAAACGCAGUCCAUAUUGUGAAAGCCAUAACAUUAUUACACAACAUCAUACGUGAUUUGGAAUCAAUAAAUGAGACUGAAGUUGUAAUAUUCCAGCAGUGCCGCAUUAAGCCAAAUUGCCGCCCCGGGGCAAUAUAA